CAUAAGUGAAGAUUUAUCUUCAAAAUGAAGAUUUCCUUGGAUCUUUUUUGUUAUAAAUCUUCGAAUGAAGAUUUUUCAGAUAUCCAAAAAUUGCACUGAAAAAAUCUUCAAAAUGAAGAUUUUUAUAUUGGCAAAAAGAUUUUUCUUUUAUGUCGACUACAUACUACGUUUUCGAAAAAGUACUAUACAACUCUAAAAUUUUUGUCAGUGUACUCUAAGUGAAAUUUUUCAUGCUGCACGCCCUGUAUUAAAAACGUCAAUAUGGGUAGUAACUUCACUUUAACCAAAUGACAGGUGUCAAGUGCGAUGCCAUUUUGAAUAACGAACACUAUGAAAUGGAAAAGUUUAUAACAAUCACGAGGAAAAGAAAAGAAGAAACUUCUGCAAAUACCGAAGGAGGGAUUGAACGAGACGCUGCCGCUGAGGAAUACGUAGAGCGAUCUAAAACAAAGAGGAGAUCUUUUAACGCACAUUGGGGAGAUGAUGAAGAAUUUAAGAAGUGGUUAAUAACAGGAGCGCACGGCUUACCGCGUUGUAAAGUAUGUGGCGUCGAUCUUAAAGCAUCUGGAGGAAAAAAGGAUUUAACUGCGCAUGCAAAGACCACCAAACAUAUUGAAAAUUCAAAUGCAGUUAAUAUACACAAGGGAAGCAAAGAAAUUAUAGAAGGCAUUCCGCGAGCAACGUUUUUUGCUGAAAUAAAAGUUGCGGCUUUUUGUGCAGAGCAUAAUAUAGCCUUCACCAGCAUGGAUCAUCUUUCACCUCUUAUAAAUAACACAUUUUUAGAGUCGAAAGCGGCACAAAACUUCGCUUGUCGGCAUGAGUCUACGGACAUAUCGACAUCAAAAUUAUUGUGCUUAGUUGUGAAAAUUGAAGAAAAUGGUAAUGUACAAGAUUUUUUUCUGACAUGUUUGAAAAUCACUAAAGCCAACGCGGAAAUGAAUAACAUUCAAGAUUUAGAUUCUGAAUGGAGAGAACUACGAACUUUUGAUUUCAAAAAUCGUGACUUAUCUGAAGCGACAGAUAUAGAGACAUUCUGGAAAUAUGGAAACUAA